CAUCAAUUAAGUAAUCAACUAGAACACCAAAAAUCCAAACACCAUAACAUACCUUAGACUCAAAAUUCACCAUCAAAUGGCAGAGACUUAUCAUUCUUACCAACACAACGGUCAAGGCUCCCUAUUUAUUAUAGCCCUCUGUUGAUCGCCAUGAUCGUCAUCAUCGCCACUGCGCAUCAUCAUCAUCUCCAAUGUUGUAACAGGCAUUGUUGGCGUCGAUGCCGUCUGUCUCCUCCUACACCAGUGCCAUGAGUAUCUCUGUUACAACUUCAAUUCACUUCUUCAAGCCUCCCAUUUAAUUCUUAUGCUCCAGUCUUCUUCGUAUGUCGUCGUCUUUUUCAAACUGUGCAAGUUCGACUGAUUCAGAAUUUUGGAAAAUGACUUAUGUGAAUUGGAUUUCUAAAUCAUUUUCAGGCUUUUAGCAAAUAUUAUUCUAAACUGUAAAACAUUUUACUGUUCUUAAUAUCCAAACACCAAAAAUAGUGAACUUUUUUUCGAAAAAUAUUUUACAUUGAAACAAAAACAAACAUAUGGAACAUACUAUCUACUAAUUCCGACCAUGUGUUGGUGUUCACAGAUGAUGAGGAUAUAAGCUUGUACUUGCCAUUACACAGAGCUGCACUGAGAGGUGACUGGGAGAGCGCCGAAAGAUUCUUCUCCCAACAUAAUAAUGAAAAUGCAUUCACAGCGAUAAUCACAUAUAAUGGAGGGACAGCACUUCAUGUAGCAGUGGCGACCAGAAAAGCACAUCAUUUUUUGGAGAAUGUGGUGCAAAGAAUACCAACGGAGGCACUUGUCAUAAAAAAUUAUCUUGGCAAGACGGCCCUUCACGUCGCUGCACAGGUUGGCAACACUGAGGCUGCCAUAAUAUUGGUGGAGAAUAACCGAGCUGCGCUUCUUAUUAGGAACAACGCUAAACACUUUCCAGUCCACCAUGCUGCUCUAUAUGAGCAAAAGGAUACACUUGCAUAUUUGAUAAGCGAGACCAAGAACAUCCUUGUAGGGGAUGACUUUGCAAAUCAAUGUGGGGUUUUCCUUCUCAUUUAUGUAAUUGAAUCUGAAUUCAUUGAUGUGGCAUUGGAUUUGCUUCAGGACUACCAUAAUAUGGCUACAAUGAUGAGUUCUAAUGGUGACUCUUCUCUGGCAGCAAUAGCUAGCAAGGCAUCUGCAUUCCCAAGUGGAAGUUGCUUCAACCGCUGGCAAAGUUUAAUCUAUUCUUGUGUUCCUGUGAUGCUGGACAACUACGCUGACCCUCCAAAUACCAAUAACCCUCCAAAUGCCAGUAACAUUGAGGAUCCAGGUAGCAACUGUCAAGGGUUCCUGCAGAUGCAAAUGUCCAUGGUGAGGAAGAAAUUGCAUUUUGUAUUUUGGCAAGUUGCUGAAUUAGUGCCUCAUAUCAAGCACAUCCGAGAGAAAAAAUUGAUACAUCAUCAAGCUCUUCAACUUGUUAAAUGUUUGUGUGAGGAAAUAUUAUCUUUAAAUGAUUCGAGUGCUUACGAUUCUCAUUUCAAAGGAGCUCUCUUUGAGGCUGCAAGACAGGGUAUUCAUGAGGUUGUUGAAGAGAUUUUGGAUACAUUUCCAGCCGCAAAAUUGUUCACUGAUGAAGAAAGUCAUGUCAUAUUUCAAGUGGCAGUUAUAGAACGCUGGGAAAAUGUUUUCAAGCUCUUAUAUCAUAUGAAUGCCGAGGAUAAGCAGUUUUACAGACUAUGCAGACUUAUUUGGCAACAACAUCUUGCAUUUAGCUGGAAAAUUGGCACCUUCAAAUAAACUUAAUCGCGUUUCUGGUGCAGCUUUACAGAUGCGGCGUGAGUUACAAUGGUUUAAGGAAGUGGAAAAGUUUGUAAUCCCUUCCCUAAGGGGAACGGAAAACAAAGAUGGAAAAACUGCUGCAAUGGUAUUCAGUGAAGAACACAAGGAGUUGGUAAUCGAAGCAGAAAAAUGGAUGAAAGACACAGCAAAUUCAUGCACAAUUGCAGCAGCACUCAUUGCCACUGUAGUAUUUGCAGCAGCUAUUACCGUUCCAGGCGGCAACAAUCAGGACGAUGGCGUCCCAAUUUUCUCCAAAGAAAUUGGUUUCAUAAUCUUUGCGGUUUCAGAUGCUAUAUCUCUAUUUACAUCCAUAGCUUCCUUGUUAAUGUUCUUGUCUAUCCUCACAUCGCGCUAUGCAGAAGAGGACUUCCUCUAUGUUCUUCCCAAAAGGUUAAUUAUCGGUCUUCUUACUCUGUUUCUUUCUAUAACUUCCAUGAUGGUAACUUUCAGUGCCACACUCUAUCUUGUAUUUGGCCAUAAAAAGGAUUGGGUUCUUAUUCCAGCAGCCGCGUUAGCAUCUCUUCCAGUCACCUUGUUCAUCUCCUUACAAUUCCCACUACUUAUGGAUCGAUAUGAUAUCUCCAAAAUAUGGGCCUGGCAUUUUUGGUAAGCAAAGUGAACUUCCCCUGUACUGAGCUGAGAUGAUCGGCAAAUAUACAAGCUUGCAGUGAAGGGUUUGGGUGGGUUACAAAUUCAGGCACUCUGCAUUAGAACCCACAAAUGAUCAAUGGAAUUGUUACUUCGAAUUUAUCAAUUGAUUGCGCAAAAAUAUGUAUAUGCAUAUGUAUAUAUAUAAUGAUAAUGAAUAUAUGUACACUGUUGAACAUUUCUAAACGAUGAUAUUAGUAUUUUGAAUCUAA